CAGGGCCGGUAUGUGCACAACAAGAAGAACGGCGAGGGCGUGUACCACUUCAUCAACGCGGACGUUUACGAAGGGGAGUUCCGAGACGACCGGAUGGACGGAUGUGGUGUGUACACGUUUAGCCACGAGGGGCGUUACGAGGGGCAGUGGCGCAACGCCGUAUAUAAUGGCACGGGCGCUGAGACCUUUGCCAAGGGCUCCACCUACCAUGGCGAAUACAUGGGUGGGUUGCGCAACGGCUGGGGCGUGUGCCGCUUCUACAACGGCGAUUACUACGAGGGCCAGUGGGUGAAGGGCCUUCGGGACGGCAGCGGCAUGCAGCAGUGUACGGACGACAGCAACUUCGUGGGCGACUACCAGCGCGGCAAGCGCCAUGGGCAUGGCGUGUACUCCUUCCCUAACGGCGACCGUUACGAGGGGCAGUAUUUUGAGGACCUGCCUCACGGCUUCGGUACCUACCAUUUCGCCAGCGGGCAAUGCUAUCAGGGCCAGUGGCAGCAGGGCAAGAAACAUGGGUGGAGCGUGUACACGGUCGAUAACGGUGCGUGUCAUGCGUGCAGCAUUGCUGUGUGA